AUGACGACAACAAAUUUCACCAGAGGUGGAACACAGACAAAAACAUUUAAAGUACCGCAAUGCUCCCCCUCUUGGAUGGGUGAGCUUCAAUCAGCAUCAGUUUCUUUCCCAGCAGUCAACAUUCUCCUCUCCAUCACGGCAUUUCUGGGUAAUUCUCUUACCCUUGUUGCCCUUCACAAAAUAUCUUCCCUCCACCCGCCGUCCAAACUCUUGUAUCGUUGUCUGGCGACAACUGAUCUGUUGGUUGGUCUUGUUGCUCAGCCUCUCUAUGUUACUUAUUUGAUGUCCGUGGUUCACGAACACUGGAGCCUUUGUCAUUACGCAAUAAAAGCAGCUUACAUCACAAGCGUAGCAUUAUGUGGAGUUUCUUUGCUGACGAUGACGGUAAUAAGCGUGGACAGGCUUCUCGCCCUGUUAUUGGGGCUGAGAUAUAGAGAGAUUGUAAAUUUGAAGGGUGUUUAUAUCACUAUAGCUAGCUUCUGGGUUUUAUGUCUUGUCGCCUCUUUACGCAUCAUUUUCGAUCAGCGUAAAACCGCUUUGUAUACCCGGAUAUUGAUACCACUUUCGCUGCUUAUUUCACUCGCCUCGUACACAAAGAUUUUUCGCACUAUUAGACAUCAUCAGGCACAAUUUCAACAACAGCCAAGCCAACCAAAUGCACUGAACAUGGCGCGAUACAGAAAAAGCAGUGCAUAG